ACAGGGCAACAAUAAAAUAAAUCCUAUCCCUAGAAUAAAUAAAAUGGGGGAUCCGGUCACUCAAGAAGACAAACAGCAGCUAUAUGCAUGGAUAGACGAGGUGCCUCUCUCAAGACAAAAAAAGAACAUCUCUAGGGACUUCAGUGAUGGAGUGAUGGCAGCCGAACUUGCACAGCACUUCUUUCCAAACAUGGUAGAGCUCCACAACUAUCCCCCGGCCAAUUCAACGACCCAGAAACUCACCAACUGGAGGACACUUAAUCGUAAAGUAUUCAUGAAGUUAGGGUUUGAUGUACCAGACCCUGUACUGCAAGAGGUGGUUGCUAGUAAACCUGGGGUAAUAGAAUAUAUCCUUAAUCAUUUCAAGAAAAAGAUAGAGCAGGUAAAAGCAAAAGAGGCAGCGUCACAAAUAUCAGUUUUUCCUAGAAACUAUGAAGACGUACUUUCCAGUGGAAUUCAGCAGGCUCUCAGCCAUCAACACUCAAUCACUUCACCUACCCACUCCACCAUCACCACACACCUACCACCGAUAGUUAACAGUCACGGGAAACCCUCUCAAAUACCGCGCCCGAUUCAAUCCGGAGACCAAAGAAAGAGUCACUUGCCUCCAGUGAAUAAUCAAGUGGCAAUGGCAUCGUAUCCUCAAGGAGCAGCAAGAGGAGGAGGAGGAGGAGGACAGCAGAUACAUAGAAUGAGUGAACAUUCAAAACUACCAGCGAUUAAAGACACCUCAAAAAAGAAAUACUACAGCGGGUCAAGGGAAUCAAGAAUUAAUGUUGAUUCACAUGCAGCACUUAAUUCGGGAUUAGCAAUAGCAGAAAAGGAUCAAAUCAUAAUGGAACUACAAGAAACGAUUCAGUUAUUAACUAUGAAAGUGAACAGAUUAGAACACUUGAUAAGAGUGAAGGACAUAAAAAUACAAGAAAUGGAGAAAAUAAUGAGAAAAUGAUUAUUAUCAUCACCAAUGACUCCUUUUCUAUGUUUUUAACACAAUUAUUAUCUCCUCAUUCAUUCAUUAAUGGCUCUCUCUCUUUCUUUCUUUGUUUCUCCCCUCUCUCUUUCUCUUUCUUUCUCCCUCUUUCUACUUAUAAAACAGGUUCUGGCUAUUAUUCAUUUUCUAAUCACAAAAACAUAUUUUAUUUAUCAUA